GGAUAUUUAAAGCAACAUGCCCCCGACGAAGUUUACCGACUCUAUGCGAAGACGCAUGAGAGACACGGUAACGAAGAGGAAUAGAAUAGAAGAAAAUACAAUUGAUAAUAAUGCAUACCAAUUCCAGAAACGCAUUAUUUGAAUAGAAAUGAAAUCAUUUAUUGCUUGUUAUUAAGCACACAAUACACCGUAAGAAAAUUAAAUGCCGACUUCACAUUUAAGAGACUACUGGGGGAAGUUAAUUCCAACAUCAACAUAAGUUGAGCAUUUUUUUUUCACAUGUGAAUUGGGAUUCAAGUGGCCUAAAAUAUUUCCAGUUUGGCCAAGUCCGACCUAAGUGAUUCUCACUGCUGGCGACAACCUGAUCGAAAUCAAUACAAGAACGCAUGGAUUAAAAGAGCGCUUGUUGUCGUCCAAUUUCGGAAAACUGUCGUUCCACCCUAGAGACGCUAGAGGUCAGCAAUACUCCCCGUCGUGCAAUGACUUCGGUUGGGAAAAGUGGAGUCGAAUUAAUUUUAAACAUUGCUGUCUUUUCCUGUGUUCGAAAGGAAGCACCUUUUCAUCUCUCCUUGACCCGAUGACUUUUUCCACAAAGGUUAAGUAAUUGAGGCAUAUAGGUUAGGAGUUUUGACUAUUCGUAGUAGAGGCCCCCGGACUGACAGGUGAAGAAUCAUCCUACCUUGUAUUUUAAUGAAGGGUAAUUAUAACCCGAACAGCUACCACAGGGAAACGCCCAGAAAUGAACCUCCCGGUCACGGGGAGGAAACGAAACCUUAUUUCUAAACCUUCAGACACAACAACAUGACCGCCAGAGAGUUUCUGGAGAUUGAGCUGCGGCUGAACGCGGAGCUCGACCAGUUGGUGUUCGGUCCCCCGGUGCGGUACGUGUACCGCCCGCUGCAUUACGCCUGGGAGCCGCACCAAGCCUUCGUCCAGAGGUUCUGUCGGGGGGGCCAGAGUGUCCUGUUCCUGGGGAUGAACCCCGGACCUUUCGGCAUGACGCAGACGGGGGUCCCGUUCGGGGAGGUCAACUUGGUGCGCGACUGGUUCGGGAUCACGGGCGAGGUGGGGCGUCCCGCGGAGGAGCACCCCAAGAAACCCGUCAGAGGGUUCGCCACCACCAAGAGCGAAGUGAGCGGGGGCCGCUUCUGGGGCCUCUUCCGGCAGCUCUGCCGGGAGCCGGAGCGGUUCUUCCGCCACUGCUAUGUGCACAACCUGUGCCCGCUAUCGUUCAUGGCUGAGAGCGGCAAGAACGUCACGCCCCCGGAGCUGGCGGUGGAGGAGCGCAACGCCCUCCUGGCGCUGUGUGACGCGGCGCUGUGCCAGAUUGUCCGGGUGCUGGGGGUCACCAUGGUGAUCGCCGUCGGACGGUUUGCGGAGACACGGGCGAGGGAAGCUCUGGCGGCCGCCGGUAUGGGCGACGUGAGGGUGGAGUGGCUCACGCAUCCCUCUCCCAGUAACCCUCAAGCCAAUACGGGCUGGGCAGAGGUUGCUAUGGCUACGCUGGAGAAACUGGAUGUCCUCUCUCUCUUGACGGACCAGUGACUGUCCGAGUGUACCUGCUGUCUCAUCAUGGAGGAUGUUGGACUCACUGCACUGGGACCAGUGAGCGGUUUUAUUCCACAAUAAUGGGGCUCUUCUGGAGAGCCUUAUUUUUUUUAACUUAUUCUAUCUUUAUUUCUGACACUAAUAGUUAAUAUAUAGCAUAGGAGCAUUUUUCAGAUAUUUAUUUAGGAUUGCAUCUGCACUGUAAAUCUUAUGCUCGGGUAGCAUAAACCUGCAGGGUUUUCCUUUGCAUUCAAAGGGAUUUUAAAGUCAUUGUAAGACCCAUUUCUUAAAUUCAUGGGUAUAGGAACACUAAUCUUCCAAAAAGCUGUUUUCUUUGCAAUAUGUGCAUCAUCUCGAUGCCUUGAAGAGAGGUAGUACCAACAUGUACCUUUUUAUGUUUUAUUUAUUUUAGGCGAAAAUAAACUGAUCAUUUACUGGGUUCAAUGCCCAGUAUCCAUCAGUAGGCAUCAUGAGAAGCACCUAACAUAGUUUCUGCUGUUGCGUCUGUCCAAGAGGCUAGCUAGUCUUUAUCAGAAAAUCCACGAUUUCCAGCUGUGUUAUAACAUGACCAGGUAAUAAUAAUUAUUAUUAUUUCAAAACCUUGUCAUAAUCUGUCAGAUGUCUAUUAAAUGACAGUUGACCACAAGGCGAUUCUAUCUAUGCCUCUUCUUAAAUGUUUUAGUCGGCAGAGGCUUGUAAUGCUGCGCAGCAUGAUAAGCAUGAUAAGGUGCAGGGAGCAGAAAGAGUUGACAUGGGUGAUAAUUUUCAGUUUCAUUAUUUUAUCAGCUGAGGGCUUAUUCAUUGCCAUAACAACGUGAGCUAAUCAACGAGUAGGCCUACAACAUGUUCUAAUACAUGAGACUCAAGAAAACGCCCUCAGCUGAUAAAAGGUGUCAGAGGGAGGGGCGCAAACGGCAGAGGGGACUUAGUGUCUUAUUUAUUUUACUUAUUUUAUUUUAUUUGAAUUUUAAAUAAACAUAAUACCAAGGGUCAGAAGUUUUACCAGAAUUUUGAUUUUACAAAGUCAUGACAGAGGGACUUCGUGUCUUUAUUCAUGCUUGAAAGAUUAACAUAUAUUAUUUUUUUUGAAAAGGAAUAAGCUGGUGAAGCUGACAAGUGACCAAUUUUUACUGUUUAAACAUAUUUUUAAUUAAAUGCAAACCCCAGUGAA